ACACAAAGCGCGCGAUAGCGCCGGACGCCUCGAAGGUUCGAGAUUUUUCCAUUCGCUACUAGAUGGCGCCCCAGCAACUAUAUAUAAACCGCGCCGGCCGGCAAGCGGGUAAGUAAUAUUUGAAAAGCGAUACAGAAAGCGACUCGGUGCGAUAGCACUGCGAUUAUACGAAGACAACACUUAUAACUCGUUGACAUAAGCGACAAAAUGUCUCUGCUACCAUUCAUCCUUGGCUACGAACAUCCUCACCGCAUACUGGACCAGGACUUCGGUUUGGCGUUGACUCCUGAUGAUUUGCUGACCGCAGCUGUUGCUCCCAUGCUCUCCCGGGACUACUACCGGCCCUGGCGUCAGUUGGCUGCUGCAGCACGAGACGUUGGUUCCACAAUCAAGUCUGACAAAGACAAAUUCCAGGUCAACCUUGAUGUUCAACACUUCUCGCCAGAGGAGAUUUCAGUGAAGACUGCCGAUGGCUACAUCGUGGUUGAGGGAAAGCAUGAAGAGAAAAAGGAUGAACACGGAUUUAUUUCGCGGCAGUUCACCCGGAGGUACGCUCUCCCCGAGGGCUGCGACCCAGAAACAGUUGAAUCUCGACUCUCAUCUGAUGGCGUGUUAACGAUUGUUGCUCCGAGGACCACCCCUGCUUUGAAGAAUGAAAGAUCGGUGCCAAUCGCACAAACUGGACCAGUCAGAAAGGAAAUCAAGGAUCAGACGUCACAGGCCAGUGCUAAUGGAGAAAAAUGACUUUAUUGAUGUUAAAUCGUACAGUGUGUGUUAGAUUUUGCUUUGCAAGACUGAUUUGAGUAUUCUCAGUAUUAAUUAUGUUUGUAUUUAUGAAACGCUUAAUAAACGAUAUUCGUUUUUUGUUGAGAUAAAA